CUCCGCGUGUUUUUGCAGUGUUUACAAUAGUUAACUAACAAACAAAAAGAAAAAAAAAAAAACAAAUACAAAAUGAGCAAGUUCGCCUGGGUUACCCUGACCACAAAUGAUACCUACUCGCUGGGCGCCUUGGUGCUGGCCCAUUCGCUGAAGCGUGCCGGCACCGCCCAUCAGCUGGCUGUGCUGGUGACGCCCACCGUUUCGGAGGCGAUGCGGGACAGAUUGAAGGACGUGUACAAUGUUGUACAAGAGGUGAAUGUGCUGGACUCACAGGAUGCCGCCAACCUGGCGCUGCUCGCCCGCCCCGAGCUGGGCGUCACCUUCACAAAGCUCCACUGCUGGCGCCUGGUGCAGUUCGAGAAGUGCGUCUUCCUCGAUGCGGACACGCUGGUGCUGAAAAACUGCGAUGAGCUGUUCGAGCGCGAGGAACUGUCCGCUGCUCCGGAUGUCAGCUGGCCGGAUUGCUUCAACUCGGGCGUGUUUGUCUUCAAGCCCAGCGUGGAGACCUUCAAUCAAAUCACAGAGUUCGCCGUGAAGAACGGCAGCUUCGAUGGCGGCGAUCAGGGCCUGUUGAAUCAGUUCUUUGCCGAUUGGGCGACCGCAGAUAUCAAGAAGCAUUUGCCCUUUGUCUAUAACGUGACAGCCUAUGCUUCCUACUGCUACUUGCCCGCGUUCAAACAGUUCAGAGAUAAGAUAAAGAUUUUGCAUUUUGCUGGCAAACUGAAGCCCUGGUUGAUACAGUUCAACUCUGAGACAAAAACCGCUGCCACGCCCCACGAUUACUCCCAUGCGCAAGACCUUAUCCAACACUGGUGGACCAUCUUCUGUGAUAAUGUGCAUCACUUCCUUGACAACACUAUGCCUAUAAAGCCGGAUAAUACAGAUAUUGCUAGUGAUAAUACCGAUAGAAGCGUUCAACCAGAGGCUGGUCUCGCUGGCGCCUUGGCACAGCUGCGCAUCGGCGUCGAACGCACACCUGAACAGGAGCAGUACGAGAAUCUGAUGCGUCGCCAGUGUUGGGAAUCGGGACAGAUUGACUAUUCGGGCGCCGAUGCGUUCGACAAUAUCUGGAAGAAGAUUACGCAGACUCUGGAGGCCAAGCCCGAAAAGGAGGGGGACGCGGAGGCUGACCAAACUGAUAACGAUAACGAUAACGAUAACACGAUAGGCUAUAACAAAAUGCUAACUAAAACCGCUAGCAGACUGCUGCAGCAAACGCACAACGCAACGCCAGCCUGGCCCAGGCCCAGCUCUGACCCCAGCCCCAGCCCCAGCUCAAGCUCAAGUUUAGCAACUAACCAGGGGUCAAGUGUGGCAGAGGCCACGGCCAGCCCCGCAGCCGCCACAACUAACCAACUUCCAACUAACGCACAGAAAACUGUCUCCGGCAACACAGCUGUGGAGCAGCAACCGACAACGACAACUGGGAAGCCGCAACGUGUCCAGCCUGCGGUUCAGGCGACGCAACCGCAGCACAUCCUUCAACAGAAUCCGGCUCCUACUAAGCCGAGCCGCCAGAAGGCGUCGCGUAAGUUCAAAUAACAAUUACUGCAGCUGC